AUGCCACCGAGAGCUAAGAAGCGCAGAAUGGCUCAACCAUCAGCGACUGUCUCACAGCAGCCACGAAGUAGUAGUCAGGCUACAGUGAAUUCCCAGACGUACUCGUCGUCGGUGUCGGCAGGAUGUCCAGUACCAAUACCACCGGCCCAGGCUCCAGCAAAUUCUUCUGUAGCGGAAGCUCAACCAAUGUUGACAAGAAGUUCAGGGCAAUCCCUUGCACUGCCUACGCCUGGAACACUGAUUUCAACUUCAGCAGAUGUGGGCACCACCCCUGUUUCUGUCCCAUCAGUACAUAUGAUUGGUACGAAUGUUUCUAGCACAAUCAAGCAACGUAUUAUUGGGGGGCAGUAUAUUGAUUUGGCCACAUUGGUAACACCAAAAUCGGGGUCUGAUGAAAAGAAAUUAGUUAUAAAUAGUAUGGGGGAGAUAAUUUCUAAAGAUCUCAACUCAAAAAAGGUAGAAAACAUAGAGCAAUGGACUGAUCUUAUGCUCAUAUUUGCAAGCGUGUACUUGAGUGCACAUCCCGCCAAGACCCUUGACCUGUUUAAGUACAUACAGACCGUAAGAAUGGGUGUUAGCAGGGGGGCUAUAUCUUGGAAAGAAUAUGAUACUCAGUUUAGGCUGCGUAAGGAGCAAAAUCCUUCAUCAUCAUGGGGCGAAGUUGACUCAGAAUUAUGGUUAAUGUACAUGCAUUCUGGCCCUGCUUAUAACGUGACAAAUGAACCCAAAACAAAUAAUGGUAAAUGUUACAAUUUCAAUUUCAAGGGGUCCUGCGACAAAUUUCCAUGCACGUAUAAGCACAGCUGUCUUCGCUGUGGCAGUAACCAUCCACUGAUACAUUGUAUUACUAGUGUACAAGCCCCAAACACUGGGUCUGCACAAACAUUUCGCCAACAAAAUUCAAAUGGUCAAUUCUUUGGACAGUCAGGUUUCCGUACACAAACCACCAAUGCAAAUACCAACUACAUGUAUAAAGGGUAUUCCACCAAUGCAAAUACCAACUAUAAGGGGUAUUCCAACAGCAACACUCAGCGCCAAACCUACUCAAGACCAAGAUUCCGCAGUCCGCAAUCUAUGGCGUCUAGGUUCAACUCUUAUUAA